AUGAACCGCGUUGAUUACAACGAGAAGGCACAAGUUCUCCUGGACGACCAACAGUCCUACAGGUCCGCACCCGCCUCACAGGCCAAAUCGAUGAUUAGCCAGCUGACUGGACUCUUAGGCGGACUCCGGCGCAACAAUGUAAUCUCGCUUGACGAAUGGGGCCAGACAAAACCAACUGACACGGCGUUGGCCAGGUUUUAUGGACUACCAAAAAUCCACAAACCCAACAUCCCCCUGCGGCCAAUCGUUGCCCUUAAAGGCAGCCCCACAUACAAUUUAACCAAAUGGAUGUCCCGAAAGCUUAAUUUUCCCCAAGAGGGCUCUGUGACGUCCGUAAAUUCGGCCUCCCAAUUCCUUGCCGACAUUCGGGGAAAAACUAUUCGACACGACCAAAUCAUGGUAUCCUUCGACGCUGUCUUACUUUUCACGUCCAUCCCAGCAGACUUGACGCGCGACGUGCUACGCAAACGCCUCGAAGAAAAGUACGACGAAACGACAGGGUCGCUAAAGAUCCAGCACCUAAUGCAGCUCUUUGCAUUCUGCCAACUAACCUUUUUCACCUUCGAUGGCAGAACAUACGAACAAAUCAAAGGAACACCCAUGGGUUCCGCAAUAUCCAGCCUAGUUGCGGAAUUGGUCGUACAAGAGCUGGAAAAGAUUGCUUUCAGCCACUACAAACCUGCGUUUUGGCGCCGACACGUGGACGAUACAUUCGUCAUUAUUGAAAAGGACAUGCCAUCAGGUUUUCAAGGCUUACUUAACAGCAUAUUCCCCGACAUUCAGUUUACAAGCGAAAACGAGGAGGACGACAAACUACCCUUCCUGGACGUGCUCGUCACGCGCACACCUGACGGUGAACUCAGCACUACAGUGUGCAGAAAGGCGACCAAUACAACCCAGGUCCUCAACUAUCAUAGCAACCACCCAUUGGUGCACAAACGGAGCUGUGUGAGGGCGCUUUUCGACUGGGUGAAAACGCACUGUAACGAGCCCGAAGUAAGGAUACAAGAACUACGCAUCUCCGGGACCAAUUAA